GCCCCCGCCUUUUCCGGGGCGGCUCCGCCUCUUCCCGGUGCCACUGGCCCCGCCCGUUCCGGUGGUGGCGCCGGCACCAUGGGGGUCACCUGCGUGUCGCAGGUGCCGGUGGCCGAGGGCAAGAGCGUGCAGCAGACGGUGGAGCUGCUGGCGCGGCGGCUGGAGGCGCUGGGCGCGGACAAGCAGGGGACGUUCGGCGUGGACUGCGAGACCUAUCACACCGCGGCCACCCUCGGCACACAGGGGCAGACAGGGAAGCUGAUGUACGUCAUGCACAACUCCGAGUACCCCCUGAGCUGCUUCGCCCUCUUCGAGAACGGGCCCUGCCUCGUGGCCGACGCCAACUUUGACACCCUCAUGGUGAAGCUCAAGGGCUUCUUCCAGAACGCCAAGGCCAACAAGAUCGAGAGCCGCGGCACCCGCUACCAGUACUGCGACUUCCUGGUGAAGCUGGGCACGGUCACCAUGGGCCCCAGCGCCAGGGGCAUCUCCGUGGAGCUGUGUUCCCAGGUGGAAUUCUGCCCCUCUCACCAGCUCCAGGGCUCUGGGCUGUGUUCCCAGGUGGAAUACUGCCCCUGUGUGAUCGCCAACGACUGCUGGAACCUGCUGAUGGAGUUCAUGCAGAGCUUCAUGGGCAGCCACACGCCCGGGAUCCCGUCGGUGUUCGGCUCCAAGCACGACAGCACCUACAGCCCCGGGGACACCAUGGUGCAGUACAUGGAGCUCUUCAACAAGAUCCGCAAGCAGCAGCAGGUGCCCGUGGCUGGCAUCAGGUGAAGAGGAUCCCUGGAGCUCCUGAGUGCAUCCUGAUCCUGGCUGGAGCAGGAGUCCCUCUGGAUCCCCUGGAGCUCCUGACUGCACCCUGGCUGGAGCAGGAGUCCCUCCAGAUCCCCUGGAGCUCCUGACUGCAUCCUGAUCCUGGCUGGAGCAGGAGUUCUUCCAGAUCCCCUGGAGCUCCUGACUGCAUCCUGGCUGGAGCAGGAGUCCCUCCGGAUCCCCUGGAACUCCUGACUGCAUCCUGGCUGGAGCAGGAGUCUCUCCGGAUCCCCUGGAGCUCCUGACUGCAUCCUGGCUGGAGCAGGAGUCUCUCCGGAUCCCCUGGAGCUCCUGAGUGCAUCCUGAUCCUGGCUGGAGCAGGAGUCUCUCCGGAUCCCCUGGAGCUCCUGACUGCAUCCUGAUCCUGGCUGGAGCAGGAGUCUCUCCAGAUCCCCUGGAGCUCCUGACUGCAUCCUGAUCCUGGCUGGAGCAGGAGUCUCUCCGGAUCCCCUGGAGCUCCUGACUGCAUCCUGGCUGGAGCAGGAGUCUCUCCGGAUCCCCUGGAGCUCCUGACUGCAUCCUGAUCCUGGCUGGAGCAGGAGUCCCUCCAAAAUGUGGCACAGGAGGCAGCCCCAGGAGUUUUUCCUUCUGGAUUUUUCCCGUUUCAAAGCUUUGCUGUGUUUAAUUCUGGGUGUCCUCCACGGUUUGGGAUUGUUGGAUCCAUUGGUUGUGUGGGUUUUUUUGGACAGUGUUUCAUGCAGGGAAAUGCUGUUUAUCCACAGGGAAAAGAGAAAUUCCAGCCAAAAGCAAAGGCAGAGCUUCUGAGACUACAGAAAUCUCUUAAAUUUAUAUUUUUUUUAUAUCCACAGCGGUGUUUUGUUGUAUUUCAUCCCCAAUAAAAGGCUGGGUUUUGUGA